AUUUUGGGAGAAUCCCAUCAACAAUGUCCUCCUUCAGAGCAUUUGGUCACCACAGCAUCUGGUACUCCACUCCCAACAAGACUUCACAAAAAUGAAAUAACUUCUGAAAAAUUGGGCAGCCAGCAUAGGAGUGGAAAUUAAUGUCCCCACAAAUCUUACUGCUCCCUGUAAUGAAACUGAACCUGAAAAUAUGCACACAGACAGAGACCAGAUUAAACUACCAGAAAAAAUACCAGUGUUAUCAACAAAGACUGCUUCUCUCGACUUUAAAGCAUCUAGGAAUAGACAAAGAUCAACAAAUUCUUUCAGUAGUGUUCACUCAACAUCAGAAGACACUGCUGUACAGCCGAACACUAGCAGUUCUAGUUCUUCACAUGGCAGAAGAGGGCUUGAAAAAUCAAUGAAGGAUCUUUCUAGACAGACUGUAGCACUUCAGAGAAUCCAGAAUUUGUUAGAGGAGGAAAUAACAAAAUCUUACAAAAGAAUUAAAAAUGCUUUCCAAGAAGUCCAAAAGCAGUUAGCAGAAAGACAAGCAGAGCUAACACUUGAGAUGGAGAAAGUCAAGAAGGAUGCCAAAGAACUUUUGACACACAGGCAGGAGAUGGCUGCUCUUUUGAAAAGUAGAGCUGACCGUGUGGAAACGAUGUCGGAAGUGGAAUGGAAUGAACUAAGGGCUGACAUCAAGCACUUUGUAGUGGAGAGAAAGUUUGAUGAGGAUUUGGGAAAGACCUUGAGAUUUGUUUGGGACAGAGACAGAAUUGUGGAGGCAAUCAGAAACUUUGGAGAAAUCCAUCCAGUUAAGAAUAUGUAUGGACACAGAAGACAUUCAGUUUCUUCAGCAGUUAACCCAAACCACCAGGAAGAUGAUCCUAAGUCUUCUGGGCUGCCUUCCACGGAUGAUGAUUCAACUGGGGCAGCAGUGUGUGUUCCAGAUUCCACAGUCAAUUUGACUACAGUUCAGUCAGAGAUUGAGGAGAGACCUGAAGUAUUUUCUAAUACAGGAAGGCGUGAUAAUACAGGGUGGUGUGGUAAUCGUAGUGAUAAUUAUCAGUUCUACAGGGGUGGAAGAGGAAAUUUCUUAAACAGGGGUCGUGGUCAACAGAAUCGACAGAACAACCGAGGCUCUGGAGGACCUCAACAAGGCAAUUAUAGCAGUCAAGGAGGGCCUCUAAGGACUGAAGGAAGACCUUACACUUCUCAACCCCCUCGUAACAGGGAUAGAUUUUACAAACCUUACAGGCAUUUCUCAGAUAAGCAGAGCUCUGGUGAACCUAGAAAUGAAACUGUGGAUAAUGGAAAGCCAAAUCCAUCGUAUGGAUCCGGAUUGAUCAAUGGAACAACGGAACAUCAUCACUAAUUAAAAUAUUCCAUUCCUCUGUAGUACCCCAAUUUUAGUUUAUUUCCUAUUAUUUUUGUCUUUAUUUAGUUUGUUUUAUUUGGUUUAUUCAGUUAAAUUAUAAUAAAAUUUGAAUUAUUUGUUAUGUUAGAAAUGGGUUUGUUUCACAGUAUACUUGGCAGUAGUUUUAAUGGCCACAUAUUGAUAUAAUUAAGUACUUUUUAAAAAUACACUCAUGGCAAACUAGUAAAAAAUAGAAUUAUUCAAUGAAUGUCAUUCCACAAGACAUGAGGAUAAAAACUUGGAUAAAUGGUAAUAAAGAAUUAAACUUUCACAUCUAAAUGAAAACCUUUUUCCAUUUUUAUUUCAAGCAAUGUUUCAAGUAGAUGCCCAUCAUCAGGCAAUAUUACAAUGGAAUUAGUCUUUACUCUCUGAUGAAGGGUGUCUGCCCAAAAUCAAAAUAGAAAAAGUUUUCAUAUGGACAUGUCAAUCUAUUCUUUAUCUUUCAUAGAUUGUUUAGGCUGAGUAUUCGUGAUGAAAUUUAGUUGAAUGGAUAGCAAAUGCCUGUUGUAGAAACUCAAGUGUAGAGGACUACUUUUUCAAAGACAAGAGGCAGAAGACUUUCAAAACGUUGUUUAUUCUUUUAUCUUUUUUCAAAAAAAAAAACAAGGCCUGCAAUUUGCAUUGUUAGUCCAAUAGUUGUAGCUUCUAGUCUGUAUAUUUUUCAGCUUAAACAUUGAAACUAAUACUAUAGGGAGUUCCCUGAGAAAAACCUUGUUUUAUUAGAAUUGGUUUUCAUAACUUUUAAUUAUGAUUCCAAGCUGGUUGGUUCUAUCAUGACUAGCAAACACCAUAAACAAUUAUUUUAGUUAAAAAACAAUAAUUUUGAAACAAAUAUUGUAUGGUAUUUUUAGUUCCAUUGUUGUGAUAUUUUGUACUUUCUUUUAGUGAAAUAAUUUUUGCUGUCCAUGUUUUUAAGUGCAUCAUUUAUAGUUUCUAUAUAUGUGUGAUUACUUUAUAAAAGGUAAUUUGUGUAAAAUUAAACAUAAUAGUCCAAAAAACGUCACUUAUACACUGUUUAUAUAACUUCUGAAACUUGUUUAAUUUGUUAAAGUUGCUGCAUAAUAUAUAUAUAAUUGUUAAAAAUGUCUUGACCUUGUUAACCUAUAUAGUAACUAACCACAGUUGAAAAUCGUAGGUUGAUUUGGCAUGGUAUAUUUUAACAAUAUUUAUUAUUUUACAAUUUUCAUCUUAGACUACAAACUUACUGUGAGAAACAGAUGACUGAAACUCCUUCCUAAACAACCAUGAAUAACAUCACUGCUGUCAAUAGAAUAUGAUUAUCAACUCUAUAUGUUUACUUACUGAUAGCCAUACGUGAAAAACCAAUAAUUUUGAUAAAUAUAUCUUAUAAUUUAAUAAAAACACUACUUUUUCCAUGGCAUAAUUUUUCACAAAAAAUGUAUUCCUGUGCUCUUCAGAUACUUUUUUUUUUAUUCUCUAAGCUUCUAAUAAACUAUUAUGACCAUGUUACAUCAAAUUGAUUAAAGACAGUUAUUGGCAGUAUUCUAUAAAAAACAAUAACACUGAAGAUGAUUAAUAUAUAUGUUUGGCCAUAGAAGAUAAAUUCUAAUCUGAUCCCUUGAGAUUUCUGAAACUAGAGUCACAUUUUAAGUUAUUCACAGAUAUACAAAGUACCAUCUUGUGUAAGAUAAUAGUUUAUUCAUAUUAUUUUUUAAUAAUAUAUAUAAUAAUUUUACUUUUCUUAUGCUCAGUGUCUUUUGGAUUUUUUAAAGUGUCAAAAAAUGAAAGCUCCUUUGUUGUCAUUCUAGAAAGUUACAGCAUGAGGUUUAAAGAUAUUUUAUUAAUUUCUUGCUACAUUAUAAUAAGCUUAUGGUUGCUAACAAAGAAUAGGGUGUAGCAUCAACUGUCCUAUUCUGGACUUAUUUUCGAAAGGGAACAAUUUUCGGGAGCUUUUUUUUUUUCAUUAUGGUUAUUAAUGCUCAAUGAAUAUGACUGUGUUAAAAAAAAAUAACAGUAAAUUUGAGCAAUUGUAUGAGAUAAAACGGGCAGCUUACAAAACAUAAUAUGAUUAUUUAUUCUUUUACUGACUGCAAUUUUUUCAUCAUAAAGAGAAUAUACAUGAGUAAAAACAAAACUUUGUCUCUUGGGAAACUCCUUCGUAUGAACAUAGUUUCAAUAGAACACACAUGUGUUUAAGGGUGUGAGAAACUUGUUUUUGAUAUGGUUUGUAGAUCAUAUAAAUUGUUUGUAAUGUUACACUGAUUAUCAUUAUUAAGAAACUACACUAUUUAUGAAAAUCAACAGCUAUUAUGUAAAGAUAUUCAUUGCAACCUUCUGCUACUGUUUAUUGUUUUCUUUUUGAAUAUUUAGAUAUUAUUUCUAUGGUGCUAAGUUAGGUUAAUAGAUCAUUGGAAAAAUUUUAUUUAAAGAAGAUAUUUAUUAGUUGAGAAAUAUAUUUCAAUUAUCUGUUUUUUAAUGUAACAUUUGUAUGUUAAUUUUUGGGUUUAUAGGCAGCAAAGUAUAAGCCAGAAUUAAAUAAUAUAAAAAUAUUAUGACUUAUGCUUUUACGUAAUGAGAUUAUGCUGUAUAAACUUUUUUUACUAGAAUUAUUGAAAACCUGUUUUCUAUAUGACUUCAGUCAACCAAAAAUUAAUGCUGGUGAUUGGUUAAAUCAUAAUUUGUACUUUUUUUUUUUUUCAAAUGUUGUUAUUUGGUUGUAAAGAAGGGCUUUGCAUAAAAUUGUUGUAAAAAUAUUAAUUUUCUUAAGUUAAAUCUGGAUAGAGAUUGAUAUUAGCUAAAUGUUGAAACUCAGUUUAAAAAUAAUCUAGUAAAGUAAAAAAAAAAAAUUUUUAUUUUUAGACACAGCAUUUUAUAACCAUUCAUUUGGCUUUGAUAUUAAGAAGUUUCCAUGGUGAUUUAUUUUAUUACAUCAUAAACUUAAUAAGUAAACUGCUUUUGAUUUAAAACUAUAUAACUUCCCACAUUAUUUACUGUUAGAUCUUUUAAUUUAUUUUGGGAUAUUAAUAUUUUAUGUAAAGAAAGGGUGAAAAUAUAUGUCUUCAGUUAUUUCUUGGGUAUGGGGUGGCCUCUCUGGUAGAGCUCUGGACUGCUGAGCUGGCAAACUGAUUACAAAUCUUUGUGAUACCACAAAAUACUCCCCACACUUUAAACUAUGGGUGUAUUAUAAGAGUGAAAGUCAAUCCCUUAGCAUGGAUAGUAGAGUGCUGGUGACUGGCUGUUUUUCCUCUGGUCGGUAGUUCAGAGUAAAUAGUCCUAGUAGGUUUAUCAUAAAUACAAAAUUUAUUGUAUUUCCAGUCCUAGCGAAUAAAGUAAAUAAGUCAUGCAAAAUACAUAUAGCUUAAUUUUUGAAAGUUUUUAUCAUAUUAGUUAAUAUAUGUGAAAAAUAGUUUGAAUGGUUUUAAUAUAGUUCUUAAAACAAGUUCUGCAUUUAGUUUCUUUUUUAAUUAUGGCUUACUCAAAUGCUUAUAACAUUAAUUUAUGUAAAUCAGCAUUUUUUAAAAUGAUAUAUCACAGUUAUAUGUUAAUUCUCCUUAUUUUUGUAUUUUGUCUUUAUGUAAUCUUUGCUUUUUCGUGUUGUUGCACAAUAGUAGAAAAUGUUAUGUGCUCACACAAAAUAUAUUGCCAUUUUCACUUUUAUUAAAACGAUAAGUAGUCAUUUUCUGAACUCUUGUUCAUUUUUUAUUUAAUUUUUAUUUUAAAGUAAAAAUGUGCCUUAUUUGAAACUCAUUUUCUAAGCUUUUUAUUUUGAAUGAGAUUUUAUUAAUGGUUUUAUGUUAGCAUUAAAAGAACAAAAUGAUAAAGUAAUUGUACACCUCUAUAUUUAGGUGCCUUUCUUUAUGUAGGGUAUAAAAUUUGGGUAACAUGUAACUUAGAUACUAAGAAAAUGUCAAACUAAACUGCCCAUACAUUACAAUGAUUUGUGUACUCCUUGUCAUGCUGGAUUUUGAUAGGAGUUUGAUGGAUACAUUAUUGUAUAACUCAAAUAUAGAUUUAUUGAAACAUUAUACUCUGUAAUUAUAUAUAGCUAUUGAUGUUAUGUUACAUAUAUAUUGAUUUUGACAAAUAUUUUGUAUGAUACUCUAGUUAAUUUUUUUUAUUAUUCUCAAAUGUCUUGAUUAUUAUUUUUUAACUCUCAGCAAUAAGUUAAUAACAAAACUUAAUGAUGGAGGGUGCAAACUUUGAAGUUGUUGUACUUAUACCAUGUAAACUUGUAAUAUAUUCCUUAUAUAUUUUUGUAUGAUAAUGUAAGAAAAUUAAACAGUAUAAUAAAAAGGAAUUAAUAAACAGUGCUGAAAAAAUUGAGAUUAAAAGAAAACUACACUGUAGUAGUAGUAGUAGUGGAAUUAGAUAGACCUGGUAUAAUUGUUUUUCUUGAUUAUUAAAAAGAGGGACCACGUUGUGGCAUUUGCAUCAUACAAAAUUUGUCAACUGUUUCUUUUGAGGGAACACAAGUGUUUGUUUUUUUUCACAUAUUUUACUGAUAUUUGAUAAAGCAAGAUGGUUAAACUGAGUAUAAAUGUUUGUGUGAAUAAAUUCCUAU